AUGUGGCACGAAACAAUACUAUCCCACAGUCCUCCUCCGGUGUCUCCUACAGUCCUCCUCCGGUGUCAAAGCACCAAAGCCCUCCUCCAGUGUCUCCCACAGUCCUCCCCCAGUGUCUCCCACAGUCCUCCUCCGGUGUCUCCCACAGUCCUCCUCCGGUGUCAAAGCACCAAAGCCCUCCUCCAGUGUCUCCCACAGUCCUCCUCCAGUGUCUCCCACAGUCCUCCUCCAGUGUCUCCCACAGUCCUCCUCCGUGACUCCCACAGUCCUCCUCCAGUGUCUCCCACAGUCCUCCUCCGGUGUCAAAGCACCAAAGCCCUCCUCCGGUGUCUCCCACAGUCCUCCCCCAGUGUCUCCCACAGUCCUCCCCCAGUGUCUCCCACAGUCCUCCUCCAGUGUCUCCCACAGUCCUCCUCCGGUGUCAAAGCACCAAAGCCCUCCUCCAGUGUCUCCCACAGUCCUCCUCCCGUGUCUCCCACAGUCCUCCCCCAGUGUCUCCCACAGUCCUCCUCCAGUGUCUCCCACAGUCCUCCUCCGGUGUCUCCCACAGUCCUCCUCCGGUGUCUCCCACAGUCCUCCCCCGGUGUCUCCCACAGUCCUCCCCCGGUGUCUCCCACAGUCCUCCUCCGGUGUCUCCCACAGUCCUCCCCCGGUGUCUCCCACAGUCCUCCCCCGGUGUCUCCCACAGUCCUCCCCCGUCCUCCCCCGGUGUCUCCCACAGUCCUCCUCCAGUGUCUCCCACAGUCCUCCCCGGUGUCUCCCACAGUCCUCCCCGGUGUCUCCCACAGUCCUCCUCCAGUGUCUCCCACAGUCCUCCCCCAGUGUCUCCCACAGUCCUCCUCCAGUGUCUCCCACAGUCCUCCUCCAGUGUCUCCCACAGUCCUCCUCCAGUGUCUCCCACAGUCCUCCUCCAGUGUCUCCCACAGUCCUCCUCCAGUGUCUCCCACAGUCCUCCCCCAGUGUCUCCCACAGUCCUCCCCAGUUGUCUCCCACAGUCCUCCCCCAGUGUCUCCCACAGUCCUCCUCCAGUGUCUCCCACAGUCCUCCUCCAGUGUCUCCCACAGUCCUCCUCCAGUGUCUCCCACAGUCCUCCUCCAGUGUCUCCCACAUGUCUCCCCCAGUGUCUCCCACAGUCCUCCUCCAGUGUCUCCCACAGUCCUCCUCCAGUGUCUCCCACAGUCCUCCUCCAGUGUCUCCCACAGUCCUCCUCCAGUGUCUCCCACAGUCCUCCUCCAGUGUCUCCCACAGUCCUCCCCCAGUGUCUCCCACAGUCCUCCCCAGUGUCUCCCACAGUCCUCCCCCAGUGUCUCCCACAGUCCUCCUCCAGUGUCUCCCACAGUCCUCCCCCAGUGUCUCCCACAGUCCUCCCCCAGUGUCUCCCACAGUCCUCCCCCAGUGUCUCCCACAGUCCUCCCCCAGUGUCUCCCACAGUCCUCCCCCAGUGUCUCCCACAGUCCUCCUCCGGUGUCAAAGCACCAAAGCCCUCCUGUGCUGUAACCCAAAUACUAUAUUCUGACUGUUUUCUGUGGUCAUUCUGA